GAAAUUAAGCAAUCUGACAUUUUUAUAAAAGUUGUAGAAUCAAGUGCACUUCUUUAUGGUUCGGAUUUUGACACAUCAAGUCAGCUAGGCAGUGCACUUUCAUCACAGAGAACGAUAUCACGGCAUGUUCGGGCUGACAUUGAUUGUACUCCAUCUCGCCAUCGGACGAUCUGUAUAGAUAACAUGGAGGAUGAUCUGUCAGCAGGCUUAGAAUCUGGUCCAAAACUUUACAUCUGGGGGACACGUAUUUGUGUUCUUGAUGUACAGCGUGCAUUUCGUGCAUUUGUUAGUGAAUUCAGACCAUCUAGCGUGUCAGAUGAUGAAAAUAUGUUAACUUUUCCUUCCAAUAUGCAAAUGGAAAUUGAUUUGGAUAGACCGUACUACAUGGAACGUUUAUAUGAAAUAGAUCAAAGUGAAAAUAUUGCUUUUAAUGUCAACCUACAACACGUCAAAACAUACAAUGAAGCAUUGUACCGAAAGAUCGUUUGUUAUCCAUCUGACAUAAUUCCUUAUCUUGAUCUAACAAUAAAUGAGAUGUUUGCCGAAAAGUAUCAAAAGGUAUUAUAUGCUCCAAUAGAAGUGCGGCCGUUUAAUGCACAAAAAACCCGUAAUAUGCGUGCGCUCAAUCCCCAAGAUAUUGAUCAGCUUAUCACAAUCAGUGGUAUGGUAGUACGUACUUCACCACUGAUUCCAGAGAUGAGACAAGCUUAUUUCGUGUGUUCGGUCUGCAAUUUUCCGUUUGAUGUUGAAGUUGACCGAGGUCGAAUAGAAGAACCAACUGUGUGUCAGAACUGUCAAUCCAAAUAUUCCUUUCGAAUUGUACACAAUCGUUCUCUAUUUAUGGAUAAACAAAUAAUAAAAUUACAGGAAUCUCCUGAUGACAUGCCUGCUGGACAGACACCUCAUACAGUAACUUUGCUUGCUCAUGGUGAUAUGGUAGAACGUGUUCAACCUGGUGACCGCGUAGCCGUAACAGGAAUAUAUCGUGCGACACCGAAACGUUUAAAUCCACGUAUGCGAAACGUACUGUCUGUUUAUCGAACUAGUAUCGAUGUAUUGCAUUUUCGGAAGACAGAUCAAAGUCGACUACAUCAAGUAGAUGAUGGCACACAUUUAACAGAUGAAAGAAUUUCUAUGAUUAAAAAUUUAGCAAAACGAGCCGAUAUCAUUGAUCGUUUGGGAAAUGCUCUUUCAGCUCCUUCCAUCUAUGGCCACAAAGACAUUAAACGUGGUAUUCUGUGUUUAUUAUUUGGCGGUACUAAUAAAGAGGAUAAAACGGGCAACAAAAUAAAGCUGCGAAGUGAAAUAAAUAUAUUAUUAUGUGGAGAUCCUGGCACCAGUAAAAGUCAGCUGUUACAAUAUGUCUAUCGACUUGUGCCGCGUGCGCAGUAUACAUCGGGAAAAGGGUCAUCUGCAGUAGGAUUGACUGCUUCUAUUGCUCGCGAUCCUGAUACUCGGCAUAUUGUUUUACAAACUGGUGCACUUGUAUUGGCCGAUAAUGGAGUUUGCUGUAUUGACGAGUUUGAUAAAAUGAAUGACAGCACUCGUUCAGUUCUGCAUGAGGUGAUGGAACAGCAGACUCUUUCUAUAGCAAAAGCUGGAAUCAUUUGCCAACUGAAUGCUCGGACAUCGAUUCUAGCGGCAGCGAAUCCGGUGGAUUCAAAAUGGAAUCGAAGUAAAACUAUUGUAGACAACAUUCAGUUGCCCCAUACUUUGUUGUCGAGAUUUGAUUUGAUUUUUCUGUUGGUUGAUGCUCAAAAUGAACUCUAUGAUAGACAUCUCGCAACUCAUUUGGUUUCAUUGUAUUACAAAAGCAGUGAAAAUGAAGAAUCCGAAUCACUUGAUUUGGCUCUUUUACGGGAUUACAUUGGUUAUGCCAGAUCUUACGUUAAUCCAGUGUUGGAUGAAGCAUCUUCUCGAUGCCUUAUUGAUAAAUAUCUUCAAAUGCGAAAAGCUGGCUCUGGUUUCGGACAGAUUACUGCUUAUCCUCGACAACUGGAGUCGUUAAUUCGUUUGGCUGAGGCUCAUGCGAAAAUUAGGCUUAGUAAUGCAGUAUCAGUGCAAGAUGUAGAGGAUGCAUAUAGUUUGCACUGUGAAGCUUUGAAGCAGUCUGCUGUCGAUCCAUCUACAGGUCGAGUAGACAUCAAUAUUUUGUCUGGAGGAAUUAGUGCCACAAACAGACAAAUUAUUGAACAUUUAUCUGAGGCGAUAAGCCAGGAACUUUCACAGCGUCGUGGAAUUUCCGUUCCAUUAAAGAAGCUGAUGCAACAGUUACGUCAAAACGACUUGUCAUUUUCUCGAGAAUUGUUCGAUGAAGCUAUCAGUCAUCUUGUAAAGAACGAAAUUUUGGUGCGAAUUGGUGAUAAAAUACGAUAUGUUGCGACUACUUAA